AUGACCGUCCCAAAGACUCGGAACGAAGUCCAGUGCCUCACGGGACGUUUGGUGGCCUUGGCACAUUUCAUCUCCCGCCUCACAGACAAAUGCAACCCAUUCUUUCAAUUGCUAAAAACUCAGUACAAGGAAAAUGUGGCGUGGGGCCCGGAACAUGAUGAUGCCUUCAAUAAUAUCAAAGCCUACCUUGCGGCGGUCCCUCUUCUCUCCAAACCUGUCCCAGGAGAGGUACUGUACUUGUAUCUAGCUGUUUCCGCCACAGCAAUCAGUGCCGCCCUCACACGCCAUGAUCAUGACAACGAGCUCCCGGUGUACUACUGCGGCAGAGGGUUCACCGAUCCCGAGACCCGCUACCCUGACAUUGAGAAAUUAGCUCUAGCCCUCAUCACCGCAGCCAAAAUCAAGCAAUACUUCCAAGCACAUACCAUCCAUGUCCUCACCAAUCACCCUCUGAGGCUUAGUGGAGCAGGGAUAAUAAUCACAGACCCAGAGGGCCAUUCUUACGCGUAUGCUCUCCGGUUUGAAUUUAAAGCAUCCAACAACAUAGCUGAAUACGAGGCCCUCAUAGCCGGCAUUCAGCUCUGUCGAGAACUCGGAGCCCUGCACAUUCACAUAUUCAGUGAUUCUCAGCUUGUAGUCAAUCAAGUGGCAGGAGACUUCAAAGCUAACCAGAACAACGUGGGAUCCUACAAAAGUCUAGCUGGCGCCCUCCUACAACACUUCACUUCUUACAAGCUCACCCAAAUCCCAAGGGCCAAGAACUCCAAGGCAGAUGCUCUCGCGAGACUCGCCACAGCACAUCCCGAGUCCGCGCCACCAGAUGUGCACAUAGAAAUCUUGGACAAGCCUAGUAUUUCGAAGGCUUAUUCAGAAAUCUUUGCCAUAGAAACACUUAACCAACCCUCAUGGAUGGAUCCAUAUGUGGCCUUCCUUUUCAGCGGAACCCUGCCCAUGGAUGCACAAGAAGCGCAGCGGUUACGCCACAAAACUUCACUCUACUUGCUUAAAGGAGGGAAGCUAUACCGCCGUGGCCAGUCAUGUCCCCUUUAA